AUGGUAACCGUUGGUAACAAAUCAUUUCAUUAAAAUGGCGUUUUCUUCCAAUGCUUCUUCUCUGUGCUUCUUCCUGAGAAACUAAGCGAUCUUUAAAACAAUUGUUUUAAAAGAAGUUGCGUUUACAAAAUGGCAGAAAUACACAUUAUUGGCGAGAUAAUUGGGGCUAGCGGUUUCCCUUCCCAUAGUCUUUAUUGCAAAUGGUCAGUUCAUGUUGAAGGAUCAUGGCGGUUGCUGGCUGGAGUGAAAGAAGGACAAACACAAGUAGACAACCAGAACGAAGAGUGCGCUAAAUGGUCACAUCCUAUUGAUUUACAUUUUGCCACGAAUGGGCUAAAAGGAUGGCCAAAGCUCCAUUUUCAAGUAUGGCAUCAGGAUUCAUUUGGUCGCAAUCAGAUAUAUGGCUACGGUUUUUGUCAUGUUCCCACAUCGCCUGGAACCCAUGAAAUAGACUGUGUUACAUGGCGGCCUGUGGGUUCUUGGAAAGAACAAUUUAGAUCUUAUUUUCUCGGUGGAGGAGCGCAAUUGAAGACAUCUGAUGUCAUUUACACAGCAGCUGAUAGAUAUAGACUGAGAACAACAGCAAUGGGUAGCGUUCAUUUGCAACUUGGUAUCAUUACCAGAAAUUUUGAUAAAUUUGGUAUUGAAUGCUAGCAUAGCAACAACAGAUAUACACAAGCCCUGACAACAAUUUUAUUAUGACCAGGGAUAUACCGGGCGGUAUAUCUGCACCCUCAAGCAUCUACAUGCAUUUAUAGUAAGAAUUUUAUUAUGGUUGGAAAAAUAAACAUGACCAAAGAUAGUUGUCACAUUUAACUGCUUAAAACCACUUGGGGUUUUGAAAAAUAGCCACUGAUAAGCCAAUCCUGUCGUAGAAGUAAACAAGAGGCAAACGCAAAGAAUUUUUGGCUUUACAGCUUUAACCAUACUAAUAAUAAAUUACUCAUCUAUAUGUUUUAAAUAAACUAACUUAUUCUGAUUGUUGAUAUGCAUAAAA